AUGAUUACACAUGGUUAUCAACAAAAUUUAAUAUUGGAUCCAGGAAGCUAUUCUGUAGAUCCUGAUCAAAAUAAAUUUGAAGCAACUCAUUGGACUUAUGAAUAUUACUGUCGAAUCUAUGGGAUCUCGAGUUUUCAAAGUUUAGCAAUAUCGAGUGAUGCUGAGAAGCUAUUAUGUUUUGAAGGCAAUGGAAUAUUAUGGAAUUUUAAUGAGAUGUCGACGGCACCAAACUCAUCGUUAAUAAUAACUGCUGGUUCACUUUUAUCAAAUCGAACUUAUCAAUUUAUGGUACGUAUGGAAAAUCGUCAAAUUUCUUCAAUUCAAGUUACAGGAUUUGUACUUGUCAAUGUUGUUGAUACUCGUUCUCCAGUGAUUGCUGUUGCGUAA